GAAGAAAUCUCUCGCAUUUCUCCGCGCUAACUAUCGCUUCUUCGUUUCUUUAAAGUAUACUUACUAGUUACCCUUUUUUCUUUCCUCCCACGCGCACGUUCGCAUCGCUGCAGCCGUGUCUCUGCUGGCGAAUCUUGCGGAGAAGACAGUCUCAAAGGCGUAGUGUACAGCUUGUGUGUUCUUUCCUCAGCCUCCUCAACAGCACCACCACCACCAACAAAAAACUGUAUCACAUCUUUCCAUAUUUUUUUUCUUUCAAAAGAAUUCCCACGAAAGCACGAUGUCGGCGUACAGCGAGGAAGAUGUGGCGGCGCUAAACCGCGUGGUGGAGACGCUGGAGGCGCACCCGGAGGAUAUCCACAAGGUGGAGCUCGCGGAACUGAAGCGGUGGGCCACACAGGCAGGGGCCACCUUCGCCUCUCCCCCCACGCCGCAGGAGGCACCGUCACCCACAACUGCGCAGGCAGCGGCAGAGGAGGAUGACGAUGCCAGUGAGCCGGAUGAGGAGCGGUGGACGCUGGACGACGGCGAGCCGACCGAGAUCCCGGCGAAGGCGGGUGAGCCCUCCGAUGCCGACGUGGAGGCUGCCAUGACGGCGAAGGGGGAAGCGGCGGAGCUGUACGGCGAGGGCAAGCGGGAGGAGGCAAUAGCGAAGAUGAACGAGGCCCUCACGCACAACCCGAACAACGCCAUGUACUGGGGCCUCCGCGCUCUCUACCACCUCGAAGGCAAUAAGCCGUGCGCCGCGCUGCACGACGCCAACAAGGCCCUCGCCAUCAACCCCCAAAACGUGCGUGCGCUGCGGGUGCGGGGCACCGUGCGCCGCCACCUCGGCGACUGGGCGGAGGCCGUGAAGGACCUCGGCGAUGCGCAGAGCAUCGACUACGAUGACAAGACGAACGAGACGUUGAAGUACGUGCAGUCGCGUGCGACGCAGCGUCACAAGCGCGAGUUGGCCCAGCAGGAGGCGAAGAGGGAGGCGGCCCUCAAGCGGCAGGAGGAGUUACGCCGUCAGCGUCAGGCAGAGGCGGCGGCGGCGGCAGAAGAGGAAGAGGAGGCAAGCCGCGGGUACGGCGGCAUGCCUGGAGGUAUGCCAGGUGGUAUGCCAGGGGGUAUGCCCCCUGGCAUGGAUGCCAUCUUCGAGGAUCCGGAGAUCAUGGCGGCCAUGCAGGAUCCCGAGGUGGGUCCAAAGCUGUCGCAGAUGAUGCAAAACCCGAUGGCGGCCAUGGGCAUGAUGAACGACCCCAAGGUGGGCCCGAUCAUGCAAAAGAUCAUGUCCAAGAUGAUGGGCGGUGGCGGCAUGCCGGGAGGGAUGCCCGGUGGCUUCCCCAGAGGUGCCCCGCAAGGUGGUGCGGCUCCUGGCGGUGCGUCGGCCAAGAACGCCCGCUCAGCCGCGCAGGAUGACCUUGACUGA